AUGUUCAACCUCAAGAGCCUUCAAUAUUUAAACCUUGGUCAUAAUGAACUUUACCCUGACAGCCUGUUUUCUCCUCCUCUAUAUCAUCCUUUCAGGCAAAUCUUAAUACAAGCAGAGGAUAUUAAACAAACAAAUAAGAUAAGCAUACCUGAAAGCAUAGGCAGUCUUUGCAGCUUGCAAACUCUAGACCUUUCAGGCUUGUAUAUCAACAAGACAUUUGCUGAACUUGGUGAUGCUUUUUCUGGUUGUCUUAUGGAUAGUCUCACUCAUUUGCACUUAGCCUCGGUGAAUCUCGAAGGAGAUAUAGCUGAUUGGAUUUGGGACAUCAAGAAUUUUAAGGUUCUUGAUCUAUCUGACAACUCACUCUCUGGCUCUCUUCCUUCAUCUCUAGCAAAGCUUGCACAGCUGGAGUAUAUAAAUCUUGCUAACAACCAGCUGAGUGGUGUUAUAUCUGAAGCACACUUUACUCAACUUGAGAAAAUACAGACACUUGAUGUGUCUAGUAAUUCACUGAUUUUCAGUGUGAGUUCCAACUGGGUUCCACCUUUCCUUCUCAAAGAAUUGAGAAUCAGCUCUUGUUCAAUUGGUCCGGAAUUCCCAGCAUGGCUUCAAACACAGCACAAAUUGCAAGUACUUGAUAUGUCUUACACUGGAAUUGCAGACACCAUGCCUGACUGGUUAUGGAAUUUGACUUCUCGCAACCUUGUUUAUUUAGACCUCUCCAAUAACCAGAUUCAGGGGAUUAUACCGAAAUCCUUAAAUUUCAUGAACGUCGAGUGGCUUAACCUCUCUUCAAACCAGUUUUCUGGUUCUUUACCACCAAUCCAUGGCUCAAGGAUCAGGUCUAUAAAUCUUUCCAAUAACUCAUUUUCAGGAUCCAUCGAUCGCAACAUCUUAGAUGAUUUACUUGAACUUGAAGUGCUCUUUCUCUCCAUGAACAAAUUAAACGGCACCGUUCCUGGCUCAUUUUGUCGAAUAAUAAAUCUCAAGAUGCUGGAUGUCUCUAAAAACGAUUUGUCCGGUGAGCUCCCAGAUUGCUGGUUAAAUUUAUCUAGACUAACUGAUAUGAAUUUAGCAGGCAACUAUAUAUCUGGAAGUAUACCAAAUUCAAUAUGUUAUAUUCCUCAUCUACAGACACUACAAUUGAGCCACAAUAAACUGUUUGGUGAGUUGCCUGUUUCACUCAAGAAUUGCAGUAACUUGCAUGUUCUUGAUCUCAGCUAUAACAAUUUCAAUGGAAGAAUUCCAAACUGGGUUGGAGAAAACUUAUCGAGUUUAAGUUUUCUCAUCUUAAAAUCAAACUCUUUUACUGAUCACGUUCCACAAGAAAUAUCUCAACUCAAAAAAAUCUACAAAUCUUGGAUUUGUCAAACAACAAUCUCUUCGGUCCCAUUCCGAAAAGUCUGGGUAACUUCACCACCAUGCAAAUGA